CUGUUUCCAAGGAUGACAAUGGAGCGUGCCCCUUGGACCUGGUUAAAAGAAGGAAGGGAAUCGCGGAAGUUGGUGUUGCUGGUUGUGUUUGUUGCCUUGCUUGUGGACAAUAUGCUGUUGACAGUUGUGGUUCCGAUUAUUCCUUCCUUCCUAUAUGCUACCUACAAAAAUGCUAGCUACCCUGCAUUUCAGUCCACCAUUCCAACAGUUCAAGCGCUCUCCUCAGCUGCUCCCAAUGCUUCCAUCUUCUCCUAUUCUGGCAAAUCCACAGUGGCACCACAGAUGGUGGUGACCAUUGCAGAAAGCACUACUGACAAUGUCACUGUAAAUACAAAUGGCAUCCAAGACAGACGUGUUCCGCCUCAGCUCCCUACAGCUGCUUCAUCCCUGAACAGCAGUUGUACUGAUGGGACAGAUUUUCUUACCAAGGAAAAUGUUCGUGUUGGACUACUCUUUGCCUCAAAAGCCUUGAUGCAGCUCCUAGCCAACCCCUUUGUAGGACCCUUAACAAACAGGAUAGGAUACCACAUCCCCAUGUUUCUUGGGUUUGUCAUCAUGUUCCUCUCCACGCUCCUGUUUGCUCUUUCGACUACCUAUACCUUGCUGUUUAUUGCUCGAGCCAUGCAGGGCAUUGGCUCUGCCUGUUCCUCUGUUGCAGGUCUGGGGAUGCUGGCGAGUGUGUACACAGAUGACUAUGAGAGGGGAAACGCAAUGGGAAUCGCCUUAGGGGGGUUAGCUUUGGGGGUGCUUGUUGGCGCUCCUUUUGGAAGUGUGAUGUAUGCGUUUGUUGGGAAGUCCUCUCCUUUCCUGUUCUUGGCAUUCCUAGCUCUGUUGGAUGGAGCCUUACAGCUUUGUAUCCUGCAUCCAUCUAAGAUUUCACCCGAGAGUACUAAAGGAACCCCUCUGUUGACCUUAUUGCAGGACCCCUAUAUUUUGAUUGCAGCAGGUUCAAUCUGCUUUGCUAACAUGGGAGUGGCCAUACUAGAAACCACUUUACCCAUUUGGAUGAUGCAAACCAUGUGCUCUCCUGAAUGGCAACUGGGGGUAGCUUUUCUUCCUGCCAGUGUGUCCUAUCUGAUUGGCACCAACCUAUUUGGGAUGUUGGCCAACAAAAUGGGACGAUGGCUCUGUUCACUGAUUGGGAUGGUGGUUGUCGGAAUCAGCCUUCUUUGUAUUCCCCUGGCUCAAAAUAUCUAUGGGCUCAUUGUGCCCAACAGUGGGGUUGGUUUUGCCCUUGGUAUGGUCGACUCCUCUAUGAUGCCUCUCAUGGGAUACUUGGUGGACCUUCGCCACACCUCCAUCUACGGCAGCGUCUAUGCCAUUGCUGAUGUAGCCUUCUGCAUGGGCUUUGCUGUUGGUCCUUCUACAGGAGGUGUGCUUGUUCGAGCGGUUGGCUUUCCCUGGUUAAUGGUCAUCAUUGCAGGCAUCAAUUUGGCAUAUGCCCCUCUCUGUUGGUGUCUGCGGAGUCCCCCAGCCAAAGAGGAGAAGAUUGCAAUUUUAAGCCAGGAUUGCAACAUGCAGACCAAAAGUUAUGUGACCCAGAAGGCUCUCAAGGAGUUUCCACUCACAGAUAGUAGCGAUGAUGAAAUUGAGACCGUGGAAUAGAAGCUACACUUUCAGUUGUCGCAUUUGGAAUCCUGUAGAGGCUUUCUUCCCAUCUUCUCACGAAGAGUUCUUUUGGAAAGCAUCAAAAUAGAACUGGGGAAAAUUGGAGGCUCUAGAUACUUUGGACUACAGCUCCCAGAAUCCUGUGUCACUGUGGGGUGGGCUGAUGGAAGUUUAAGCCAAAGAAACUAAUGGGCCAAAAUUUCCCCAGCCCUUUCCUAAAAAAAUAACACCAAACCAUGACUGGAAUGCAGUGGAGAAAGA